UCAACCAACCUGCGUGAAAAUACCUAUGAAAAAUACCCAGGUGAAGGCAGACAAUCACGUGACUAAAUGAGACAGGUUGUAGCUUUUAUGUAAAGCGACACAAUCAUACUUUGCGUUCACUUUAUAAGGAUUCGAUUGAGGCAACAUCAUGACGGAGAAAGUUUUCAGACUGAGUUGUAUGUUGAUCGCAGCCUUAUGUUUGGUACAUCGGGCAAGUGCGGCGAUCACAACUACUGCUUGUACUCCUGGUUCCGAUACAACAUGUGAAGAUUUAGACGCAAAUGCCGAAUGUGCAACCGGAGCGGAUAAGUGUUCGUGUAAAAAUGGUUACAAGGCCAAUUCUGCCGACGACGCAUGUGUAAAAGAUAUCCCAAAUGCUGUUUGUACUCCUGGUUCCGGUACCACAUGUGAAGAUUUAGAUGCAAAUGCCGAAUGUGCAACCGGAGCAACGAAGUGUUCGUGUAAAAAUGGUUACAAGAUCAAUUCUGACGACAGCGCAUGUGUAAAAGAUAUCCCAAAUGCUGUUUGUACUCCUGGUUCCGGUACCACAUGUGCAGAUUUAGACGCAAAUGCCGAAUGUGCAACCGGAGCAACGAAGUGUUCGUGUAAAGCGGGUUACAAGAUCAAUUCUGACAACAGCGCAUGUGUAAAAGUACUGACAAGCAACUGUAAUGCGGAUACAGAUUGUUCUGUAGUUUCCAACUCAAUGUGCGAAACUACAUGCAAAUGUAAUACAGGUUACGAGGAAUCGAGCGAUGUGUGUGCAAUGAUUCUGAAUACGAAGACGUGCAGCAGCGAUGAUGCUACAUGCACAGCCGCAUUGGCUAACACCGCUUGCGGCACUGACAACAAGUGUACUUGUGCUACAGACUAUGUUAAGCAGGAUGCGGUCUGCAAAGUGGGUAAUGAGAAGAUUUGCGCAGCUGAUGGUGAUUGUCUGACUAAUGCAGAAUGUACAGGGGAGGCCAAUGCAAAGAAAUGUAUGUGCAAAUCUGGCUAUACCUUCAUGGACGACAUGUGCAAAGUACAAAAUUCAGCUCAGUCAGUUGUGAUAUCAACCGGUUUGUUUGUUGUGUCGCUGCUGGUAAUGUUGCAGAACUUUGUUUAACUCAAGAAAAAAGGAAGGGAGAGGCUGACUGAUGAACAUUUGAAGAGAGAGGAACUUUUUCAAUAGCUCAACUUAUGAAAUCCAUUUAUAUAUUUCUUUGGGGGGAUUGCCGGUUUCCGUACAUAAACUGUUUUCCAAAUUCUUCACUAUACAGUUUAGUAUUGAAGUCCGCACAUCAGAUUAAUACACAUGACUCAUUGUUUCAUUAUUCUUUACCAACUAACCUCAGGUACUGUGCUGCUUUUUGUAAUAUUUUAAAUUAUUUAGAUCAACAAAAAAUAUAGUAGCGUGUUAUUUCCCCACUGGUGUUUAGUGCUGGGUGAUUUACUUAAAGCGGUACUGUUUCCAGCAGUAUCGGCCUAGGCUGAAUGCUAGGGAGGUAAUAAUGACACCUGAUUCGGACACGAUAAGUUGUUCUAUCCAUUCUAGUGUAGGACUUCGGCCUUCUACCCACGUCAAAUAACAAAUACUCUCCUUUAAAUAUUUCGUUCCGGCUACGAAAAUUCAUUUAGACAAAAAAAAAUGUCUUUUUACUUUGAGAUUCUUUAUUUUGUAGGUUUUGUGUGCAUUUCGACCACAUGGGAUUUUAUUAAACUAAUUGUUACUGUAUGUGCGUAUGAGUGCUUUUAGAACAGAACCGUGCCUUUUGAUUAUAAUAGUAACUAAAUACUCGUGACGACAUUAGAAAACACAAUUUUGUAAGUAAACGUAAUGUCUCUAAUUGAUACUAUUUUCUGUUUGAAUUAAGAUAUAUUCUUCAAUUUUUUUGACGUUAAAUGGGACCGCUGCUUCAUGUCUCGAGAUCACUGUGCAAUUUAGCGACGAUAUAUGCGGUCUCUGCCUCAAUCAAUAAAAAUUUGUGCAAAACCUCUUUCAAUUAAAAUUCAGAAAAAUAUCCCAUUUGUUUUGGCGUAAUAUGGUAUCAAUGAUUAAAGUCAUAAGAAAACUAUGUGCAAUACCGUUAAGAAAUACAUUUUUCCAUUUGUUUCCCCUUACGAAGCAUAAGAAAACGAUGUGAGAGUUAUUUUUAGAUUUUAUUUUAUAUUUGUGUAUGUAUUGUAGAUAGUAUUUUAUAACUUCAAUGUUAUAUAAAUGUAUUAGCUAAGCUGAUUAAUCAAUUAAUGGACCACUGAUGUGCCGGUACUGCAUCAAAAGUACGUCAUUAUUUUGGUAGCAAAAAGCAAACGUUUGUAGGGUUUAUCAGUAUGGAAGGGUUGUAACCUGUUUUAGAAUACACUAUGCAAUUUCGAAGCGAUAUAUAAUUAAAUACUUCUUACAGCUGAAUUAGUCAAACAUUUCGGUUAAUGCUUGUUCCCAAUUUGAAAUUGCCGUCGACUAGUCUAAAAUAAAUAUAUUAAUAGAUAACUUUAAUUGAAAGAAUGUAUGAAUGAAAACUUACAAUAGAAAUAAGAGAAGAAAGGAAUAUACAUUUACAAAACUAAUAAUCGGCGUAAAACGACACCUUUUAUUGACAUCAGUAAAAUGACAAAGCAAUAAAGACACAAGAACCGUAACAAGAUAUUGUAUUUGCUACAUAAAAUACGACAUAAUUUGUAUGAAUAUAUUAUUAUAAUUGCAUAAAAAUUGUGUGAUACAUGGAAAAAGGACGAACUGUUUGCCGAAUGACCGGAGCACUGGAAAGUGAACAUUUCUUGAACCUAUGUGAAAAGUGCAUUUUUGAUGAUUUACAAAUUGUGAUAGAUCUUCUGAUUUGUCAUAAUGUAAUGAUAAAGGCACCCGUGAGUAAACUUAACAUUGGUAAAUGUUUAUCUUUGAGACGUACUACAUUUUUGGAAUCAUUAGUAUUUUAAUACACAGAAUGUGAGCAUAAAAGGAACACCUUUAUUUCGUACAAGCAUACAAAUGCUAAAACAAAACCGCACUAAAAUACUUACAUAAUAUUCACAAAAGAACGAAUCUGGUAAAAAAAAAAAAGAACGUUAGUGAUUACAUUUUAAAAUUACACGAAUUUGCAGAAUCAGUCUUCUUGCAGAUCACUUCAUCCUUCUCAAAAAUAAACAUUUUUGUGAACCCUCAUCAUAAAGUUUUUGAUUGUACAGUAUGGGUUUUGAACCUUGGCAAAUUGGCCAACAUAAUACAGGGCCGGAUGGUUUUAAAUCAAAUGAUGGACUGUUGAAUGUCUAUAUCAGUAUCAAAUAAAAAAAGAAACCCUGGCAUCCCUUUAAAACGUUAUGAAACAGUUUUUCAAUUUUUACUUCGAAAACGUAAACUGGUUUUGAUAAGGAAAGAAAAUACCAUAAUUUCAUUAUGAUUUUUUUUUUUCAGAUAUAUAAUGAAUUUAUAAGAUCCAUACAAAUAUUUCAAAACAUUAUUGUGGAGGGUAUAUCAUGAUGUGUUAAAGUUGAAAGCUGUAUGAUCAUAGGUAUGAUUCAGUAAUAAAGUAUUUAAAUUGUAAA